UGUCAAUCCAAAGUGUUCUUGCGGAUGGCGAUAUCAUGGCAUUUGCUGUUGCAGCUGUCCCAGCGCAAAGCAUCUACAAUAGUUCGGGCUACUACUUGAAUGAUAGUAAUGCAAUUGAAAACGCGGAUAUUGCUGCAUCGGUGCUUUGGGCGGAAAUGGAACUUGAUGCACAGUACUCUUUCUCCACGGCCGACAGCCCUGACUCGGAUAUCGCAGCAUACAUCGUGCCAGCUCCCCUUGACCUUGCAACGACAACAAGUUCAAGGUGGCUUACUGACGUCAUCGGUAUUAACCCGUCUUGCGUAUGGUCAUCAACAAACAUAACAGGAAUAGCUAUGGAUAACACGUGGUACCUGGGCGUCAAUCUUCAGGAUGCGGAUUUAGAUGUGACUGUCGGUUUUCUGUCAAUUAUAUCGUUUGUUGAUACAAUGGAAGACUUGAAUGUCUUAAAUCAUACCACGCAGGCGCCACCAAGCGAUGGGUCCACUGUGUUGCUGCUCGGCCAAUGCGUGGCAGGCUGUGACAUGUCACUUUUGACAGCCAGCUAUGCCUGGUUAAAUUUCACUAGUUUGCCGACGUUCCAGUGGAACAGAACUGAUGGUCUGUAUGAGCUAGCGUUCCUUGUAUGCAAGCCAAACGUACAGAUCAGUACGCGGGAAGUCCGCAAUAACGGAUUUGGCAUGCUUAGCGUUCAGCCCAGCCCGAAUGGCGUUAACCUCAAGACACAAGGGAAUCUUCAUCCCCGACAAACACCUGCUCUAUUUUCGUUUGCGAUGAUGCACGCAGGACCUUCCACCCUCCAAGGGGCAUACUAUGUCGAUCUAGGGGCGGAUGUCCAGCAAGAUUUUCUCUUCGGUAGAGAGCAAGUCAACAAUCUCCCUACAAGUCCAGGUUCAAUCGUGAACCUCACGGUACUGCCAACUGCAAAUUUAUCAUUGACCUUCACUUCGAUGCUGAAGUCAUCGUCAAAAGCAUAUUUAACAGGAUCCCUAGGUACUGCAUACGUACCUGGAAGAUUGUUGACAUUUGAGGUUGUCUUUGCGACAUCUUUGCCUCAGCUUGCUGUGUCUACCGCAAUAUUUAUUCUCCUAUUCAUCUUGACCAUCGUCGCCCAUUUUAGGCGAGGCAAAGGUGGAGAUUGGACACUUAUCAACAUUGCUGCCGCAAUGCACGACUCGGAAGUUCCAGCGCAGUUUUCCCAGAUGAAAGCUGAUUUAUGCCAAGGGUCACGUUUGUGGUGGGACAGGAAGAGUG